AUGACACACACCAUUUGGAAUUACAGCUUGGAUGAUGAUGGCCUCGGCGACAUUGGGGCGCGUGCGGUGGCCGAGGCGCUCAAGGACAACACCUGCCUCAAAACGCUCUUCCUGUGGGCCAACUCCAUCGGUCCUGAGGGCGCUGUGGCGUUGGCGGAGAUGCUGAAGCACAACACAACCCUUGAAAUACUCAACCUGGACAACAAUCCCAUCGGCGAUGAGGGCGCUGUGGCGUUGGCGGAGAUGUUGAAGCACAACACGGCCCUCGAAGAACUCCGCCUGAGUGAGAACUCCAUCGGUCCUGAGGGCGCCGCGGCGUUGGCGGAGAUGCUGAAGCACAACACGACCCUCACAGUACUUGGCCUGAGCAACAACUCCAUCGGCGAUAAGGGCGCCGUGGCGUUGGCGGAGAUGCUGAAGCACAACACGACCCUCACAUGGCUCGGCCUGCAAAUUAAUCCCAUCAGCGAUGAGGGCGCUGUGGCGUUAGCGGAGAUGCUGAAGCACAACACGGCCCUCGAAGAACUCCGGGAGAGACGCCCUACGAUGUGGCACAAGCCAACGGCCACGCUGCCCAUCACCAGCAUCCAAGGGCUGAAGCCAGGCGGCAAGCCUUCGGAGCAACCACAACAGCAACAGCAACCGCAACAGCCAAAGCAGCAGCAGCAGCAGCAGCAGCAGGCGGACAUGACAGCUUCAGACACACCAGAUACAGAGCAUGUGCACAGAGAGGCGGUGCAGGCGCGCAUGAUGGACAUUGCGGAGCGCUCCGACACGCACAUGGCGGGGCGAGCCAAGAUGGGCGUCUCUGGCCAGGGCCGCGCGGGCAAGACGACGCUUGUGAACUCGCUCAGGGGUAAGCCGUUCAACAAGCAGCAGCACUCCACGCUCGGCGCCACCACCGAUGACAUGAGAGUCACCGUCCACACCAUGGAAGUGUGCGACUGGAAGGAGAGCGACCAGAGCACGUCCGAGUUCAUCCGCAGUCUCGUUGGCACGGCGAUGGCACGCGAGGCCGGCGUGGACGAGGAGCUGAAGCGCGCGUCAGCAAAGGCACGGGCGCAGCACGCCACCCGUGUUACCGAGCAACAGCACGAGGAGGCCAAGAAGCAGGCCAAGAAGCAGGCCAGGACGGAUGACAAGAAGCAGUGCAACAAGGGCCAUGGCACAUCCACAACUUCCGCUCCAUCAUCCGACAAGGCGUCCACCGCAGCCGUGCCUGCACCUGCUGCAGGUCGUGAUGCCUCCACAGCAACGCCUGCAGCAAAGGAGCAGCACCCAGCUUCCAGCCACGCCGACGUUGGUGACGACGAUGCUGACGUCGUUGCCGUGACCACACCAUCCGUUUCGAAGGAGGAGGUGGAGAAGGCGAUCAAGGACAUGGACUUUGAUGCGACAAUUGGCGAAGGCAAGAUGCAGGUCUCCUUCAAGAUCUUUGACCUGGGCGGUCAGUCCACCUUCUACGUCUUCCACCCUUUCUUCCUCACCAACAACGCAGGGGCCCACCACAACUGCCGUCGUUCCACGCAAUCUUCCCAGCGGAUGCAGCGUUUUGACCCACCCCCAUACGGGCCGCCAAAGUGCCCCCAGCCCCCUCCCCUUAGGCUUGUGCUUACACCCUCGCUCCUCUUUCCUCUUGCACGCAAACACGCAUGCACGCACAACAAGCAGGAAGCUGGCAUCGCGUUUGACGCGGAGUUUGAGGAGUGGCUGUCGGCCAACAAGCUGCUGCCACAUGUGCAGGGCGCUCUCCACCAAGUGGGCGCGGCAGACUUUGAUAUGCUGACCGUGCUUGUGGAUGCUGGGGAUGUGAACGCUGUCAAGCUGCAGGAAAUGGGUGUUCGUGCUGGCCCUGCACGCUUACUCAUGCAGCGCUUUGACGAGCAUCGUGCAGCAGCCGAUGCUCAGAACAAGGAGGGCGGUGGUUGCUGUGCCCUCAUGUGACUGCAUUGUCGCUUCCGUUGAACUAGUGAACUUUCCGUUGAACUUUCUGUUCGUUGAUGUUGCUGUCCGUUUGCUUUUUCGUACUUUCUGCCUUUCUGCCUUUCAUGUCUGCUUUCAUCGUUUGUCUUUUGCCCCCCCCCACGUCUACAAUGGCACGUUGACUUGCCCAACUGGUGUGCAGCGCCGCGUUUCUUGGCGUUCGUGAAGGUUGGAUGCCCUCUCCUUAUGUUGUCUUUGCUGCCACAUGUGAGAAUGCCACAUUCC